GUUAGUGGCAAAUGAAGACAGUCGGUGCAGCAGGGACUCCAGGGAAUGAAUGGAUUUUUUUCCAGCGGCAGUGAAAGAAAUCCGACAUUAACACUGGCAUUAUAAAAGGGCGUAAUGUGUGGCCGACUACUGAAGAGGUUUGUUGCUUUUUGGACAUUGGUUUCCCUAAGGACAGCUACUGGGCUUGCUGGAGAGGGAAGAUCUGUGUGGAAAAAGGACCCCAACUUCAGUCCUGUGAGUGAAACACAGAUGUUUCUGUAUGACACUUUCCCCAAAGAGUUUCUCUGGGGCGUAGGGACAGGGGCAUUGCAGGUGGAAGGCAGCCGGAGGAAGGAUGGGAGAGGAUCCUCCGUAUGGGACCAGUUCAUCCACACAGCGUUCAGAGGUGCCGACAGCACAGAUGUUUCCAGUGACAGUUAUACCUUGUUGGACAAAGAUUUGUCAGCCUUGGAUUUUUUGGGAGUUACUUUUUAUCAAUUUUCAAUUUCAUGGUCAAGACUUUUCCCCACUGGAGUGGUAGCAGCUCCCAAUGAAAAAGGACUUCAGUACUAUAAUAGUCUUAUUGAUUCUCUAGUCUACAGAAAUAUUGACCCCAUGGUUACUCUGUAUCACUGGGACCUGCCCUUGACACUGCAAGAAAAAUAUGGGGGAUGGAAAAAUGAAUCCGUAAUUGAUAUCUUCAAUGACUAUGCCACCUUUUGCUUCCAGACCUUUGGGGAUCGUGUUAAGUAUUGGAUUACAAUCCACAAUCCGUAUUUAGUUGCUUGGCAUGGGUAUGGCACAGGUAUUCAUGCUCCUGGAGAGAAAGGGAAAAUAACAACUGUCUACUCUGUAGGACACAAUUUGAUCAAGGCUCAUGCAAAAGUUUGGCAUAACUACGAAACACGCUUUCGACCACAUCAGAAGGGGCUGAUGUCCAUAGUAUUGGGAUCCCACUGGAUUGAACCUAACAGAUCAGAAGAUGCUUUGGACAUUUCUAAAUGUCAGCAGUCUAUGGAGAGAGUACUUGGAUGGUUUGCUAAACCCAUCUAUGGGGAUGGCGAUUACCCAGAAGAACUGAAAAAUGAAUUAUCUUUUUUGCCAAGUUUUACUGAGGAUGAAAAAAACUAUAUAAAGGGAACAGCAGACUUCUUUGCAUUUUCCUUUGGUCCUAAUAACUUUAAACCUCCAAACACUCUACCAAAAAUGGGACAAAAUUUGUCCCUCAAUUUGAGGGAAGUCCUCAACUGGAUUAAACUGGAAUACAACAGUCCUCGAAUCUUGAUCGCAGAGAAUGGCUGGUUCACCGACAGCCACGUGAAAACGGAUGACACCACAGCCAUCUACAUGAUGAAAAACUUCAUUAAUAAGGUUUUACAAGCUAUUAAAUACGACAACAUAGAUGUGUUUGGUUACACAGCCUGGUCGCUCCUUGAUGGCUUCGAAUGGCAACAUGGCUACAACAUCAGGCGCGGAUUAUUUUACGUAGACUUCAAAAGUGAAAAAAAGGAAAGGAUUCCCAAGUCAUCAGCACUUUAUUAUAAACAAAUCAUACAAGAAAAUGGCUUCUUCCCAAAAGAGUCUACCCCAAGUUUGCAAGCUCAGUUUUCCUGCGACUUCUCCUGGGGCAUCACCGAGUCUGUUCUCAAGGCAGAGUCUGUGGCUUCCUCACCCCAGUUCUGCGAUUCGAACCUGUAUCUCUGGAACAUCACAGGAGAUGGGCUCUUGCACAAAGUCAAAGGAGUGAAGCUAAAAACCCGACCAGCACAGUGUACAGAUUUUGUCAGUAUUAAAAAGCAGCUUGACCUCCUGGAAAAAAUGAAAGUCACCCAUUACAGAUUUGCACUUGACUGGGCACUAAUUUUACCCAAUGGAGAUUUGUCAGUGAUCAACAGACAAGUUCUUAGAUAUUACAGAUGCAUGAUUACUGAAGUACUAAAACUCAAUAUUCAAUCUAUGGUCACCUUAUACUACCCAACUCACGCCUACCUGGGCCUGCCAGGUCCUUUGCUGCAGGCAGGAGGAUGGUUAAAUCAAUCGACUGCCCAUGCUUUUCAAGACUAUGCAGCUUUAUGCUUUCAAGAACUCGGCGAUUUGGUUAAACUGUGGAUCACAAUAAAUGAGCCUAACCGACUGAGUGAUGUCUAUAAUAGGAGCAGCAAUGAUACCUACCAGGCAGCACACAAUUUAUUAAUAGCACACGCCAUGGCCUGGAAAAUAUAUGAUGAGCAAUACAGACCCUUUCAGUACGGUCAAGUGUCCCUGUCACUGCAUUCGGACUGGGCUGAGCCUGCCAACCCCUACUUUGAGUCUCACUCAAAAGCUGCCAACAGAUUUCUUCAGUUUGAAAUUGGCUGGUUUGCCGAUCCAAUAUUUAAGACCGGGGACUAUCCAGCUGCUAUGAGGGAAUACAUUCUCUUUAAAAACAGAAAAGGCCUCUCAUACUCUUCAUUGCCGUAUUUCACACAGGAGGAAAAGCAGCUUGUCAAGGGUGCAGCUGACUUCUACGCACUGAAUCAUUUCACCACAAGAUUCGUGAUUCAUGAACCGCAAAACGGGAGCCAGUAUGAAUUUGACCGUGAUGUCCAGUUUCUGCAGGACAUCACCUGCCUGAGCUCCCCUUCCCGUUUAGCUGUGGUGCCUUGGGGGAUACGCAAAGUUCUAAAAUGGAUUAAGAAAACCUAUGGUGACAUCGAUGUUUACAUCACCGCAAAUGGAAUAGAUGACCAGUCCUUAGACAAUGAUGAACUCCGAAAUUAUUACUUAGGAAAAUACAUACAAGAGGUUUUAAAAGCAUACUAUAUCGACAAAGUCAAGAUUAGAGGUUACUAUGCAUUUAAACUGACUGAAGAAAAAUCUAAGCCCAGAUUUGGAUUCUUCACUUCUGAUUCCAAAGGAAAGCCUUCAAUAAAAUUUUACAAUAACCUCAUAAGCAAUAACGGCUUUCCUGCAGAAUAUUCAACCUGUCAUCCAUCAAACAAGGAAAAACAGUGUAGCUUCUGUUUGUUUAUUUCUCAGAAGAAGCCACUGAUAUUCUUUGCCUGCUGUCUUUUCUCUACUCUUAUCCUGCUUUUAACAAUUAUUAUUUUUCACAAAAGAAAAAGAAGAAAACGUUAUAAGGCAAGAAGUGUCCAGCGCAUCUGUGUUUCAUUUUAAAAAGGGGCCAUAAACCCACUUUCAACUAGAUUCCCCACCGUCUGCACUCUACAGAGGAUAAUAUGGAUCAGACAGUUAUAGAAAAGCACUAUGCGAGUCACUCCAGUUAUACACACCAUGCAUUUCAGUUGAAAAUGGAAAAUUGUAAGCACAGGAAGAGCUAUGAUGACAUUUGUUUCUGGUAAAAUUACUUUUAUCCACUUCCUUUACAUAGAAGAUGAAUUCAACUAUUUAAAGGAAAAAGAGAAGAAAAUCAAAAGACUCUCCUGUGCCUUGGAAUAAACUUUCAAACAGUUUGACUUGAAAAGACAUAUUAAGCUGUGAGAACUGAUACGCACUUUAAUAUGAACCUCUUUGAACCAAAACUUGUUGUGAUGUAUAUUCAUGCUGUGAAUGUUGUUGAGUAUGAAACUGCAGUUGCUAGGGGAUGUAAAUAAGAGUUAUUAAAAGCCACAAACUUCGGCUGACUACAACACCAAGAAUUAAAUAUGCUGGGCCAGAUUCUGAAGAUACUUCCAAAAGAACAAAUCCAAAUAACUCCACUACAGACUAGCAUAACUAUCUGUUAUGUAUUGCAUGAAGCAGAAAUCAGAUUUUAACAUCUUAUUUUAAGUGAAUGUAACUGGACCCACAGGACACAAGUUAUAUACAAUCACCAUCUUUUCAGAAGGGGGCAGUCACAUUUUUAUUAGACAACAUCAAAACAGAUAGUAUUUAUGAAUCUAGCCAGAAGAAUGAUGAACAUAAUUCUAAAUUGCUCUUUUCAUAGAAAUAAACUAUCAUCUUAGUUCUGGUAUAGUACCAGCGCGAACCAUGAGAUGAGUGGAAUAAAACCAUUAGACCAAUUUGUUUAGAAGCACUUAUUCCAUUAAAAAUUCUGUGCAAAUCUCUCCUAUAAAAAUAACAUUUUCCACGUUUCUGCCAGAACAUCUUUCUUUACAGUGU